AAAGAGUGCACAGUUAUGGAAUGGACUGUAGUAGAUCAACUGUUACUAAAGCAUCCAAACCAGAUACCCGCCCAUUUGUGAAUACAGCUAAUGUUCCUGUAGGAAUAAUGUCUCCACCUACCCGAUCGGUAAAGAGUUCGUCACAUUGACAUCGCCAGCGUCAGCAAGACGAGUCUCCUAGCGUCUGUUGAAUUGAAUACCUAUCUCCUCAACGACAAUGGGGGAUGUGAGGCCACAGCCUGCAGGCAAUCCCAUUGCCACUGGCGCUAGUGUUGAAGGUGAAAAGGAUGAGAACAAGUUUUUGCUAGCUGGUCAAGCUAAACCUAGCGAUGCCGGGAGCGUGUCCCUCGCACCGAUGGAGGAAGUACGAAAGAGUAAUUGGAAAUAUAAAAGCAAGAAGCAGCAAGCAAGGACAGUUGCAGCUCUCCUCGGCAAGCUUCUAGUUCUGAUCACGGCGUUGUACUUCUUCAUAUGCUCGCUGGGCAUUCUGUCCGAUGCGUUCCAAUUGGUUGGCGGGCGUGAGGCGGGAGACGCACUUGGCGAAAGUUCGCUGUUUGUCAACCCGCUAGCCGGCCUCAUGAUUGGGGUCAUCGCGACAGUGCUCUUGCAGAGCUCAUCGACAACUACUUCCAUCAUUGUCGCUCUGACUGCAUCAGGAGUUAUACAGAAAGUUGAAUACUCCAUACCGAUCGUGAUGGGUGCUAACAUCGGUACGUCGGUUACCAACACCAUAGUGUCGAUUGGCCAGAUUGGCGACCGCGAGCAAUUCAAGCGUGCGUUUGCCGGCGCCACCGUACACGAUAUGUUCAACUUCCUCUCUGUCUUGGUUCUGUUGCCUGUGGAAGCUGUCAGUCACUAUUUGUUCUAUCUGACUGAAGCCAUAGUGAACACAAUGUCCUUGACUGAAGAAGCUGACAAUCAGGAGUUUCUCAGUGUGCUGACUGACCCAUUCAUUGAGCUCUUUGUCCAGCUCAACCGGUCAGCCAUUAUUGAGAAUGCCAGAGGCAAUCACACAGAGGAAAUUCACCUGCUCAAGCAACACUGUGGCAUUCUGCAGGAGGGCAACUGCACUGUCAACGAAACAGUCGCUGAAGGCUGCGUGGAAAAUAUUGUCCAGAAGUGCGACUACGCCUUCUUCAAUUCUUCGUUAUCGGAGCGAGCUAUCGGUGUGAUUAUGUUGCUGAUAGCACUAUUCAUGCUCAUCACGGCACUGCUGGUUAUGGUCAAGGCGCUCAGAUCCGUGCUGGGCGUACAGCUGGAGGGUGUCGUCAAGAAAGCUGCCAAUGGCAACCUGCCGGGUAAGGCCAGGUACCUGACGCCAUACCUGGCCAUACUGAUCGGUGCUGGUGUCACCAUGCUUGUGCAGUCCAGCUCUGUGUUCACAUCCACACUCACUCCUCUCGUAGGCAUUGGUAUUCUCGACCUGGAGAGGAUGCUGCCGCUCACCGUGGGCUCCAACAUCGGCACAACGUUCACUGGCAUUCUAGCAGCACUGGCCCUCAAAGGUGAAGCGGAGGACCGCCGACACGGCUUCCAGGUAGCAUUUGCACAUUUGUUCUUCAACAUUUCUGGUUUGCUUGUCUGGUAUCCGAUUCCGGCCAUGCGAAAUGUCGUGCUGGGCUGUGCGCGCUUCAUGGGUGAGACCACAGCCAAGUACCGCUGGUUCGCUAUACUAUACCUCAUCUUGGCCUUCCUGCUCAUUCCAGGACUGGUAUUCGGCUUAUCGCUGGGUGGCUGGCAGGUCAUGGUGGGUGUUCUGGCGCCUGUAUUCUUUGUUUUCUUCCUCGUCUGGCUGCUUAACAUGCUGCAAAAGCACCGGCGAAGUUACCUGCCCGUUCGCCUCCAGACGUGGGAUUUCCUGCCUCUAUGGCUGACGAGCUUACAGCCAUAUGACGCCGUCAUCUCGAAGGUUCUAGGUGCGCUCAGGCGGCGGAAGAAGUCGUACACAGCUGCUCAUGAUGACGAGGGCACUGAGGACCAUCCCAUUCCCUGAGCUUACACCAACCGCUUGGGUCGUCCUAACACUGCUGAUCACAACAAGGACAACACCACUGCCUGAGCCGCUUACACUGAUCUCCUGGGCCAUCCUAUCACUGCAAAGCAAGUCCUAGGUGACAUAGGUAAGCCGGGCGAACACAAAUUUGGGUAUCUGACUAUCUGUGUGCUAAGUCAACACAUUCGCCUAGGUGAUGUCGAGCCAUAGUGGCAUUGGAGUAGAGAAACGCCUACACUCUUGUAUCACUCACACCGAUAGAGCUCGAAUGGGUGCCCUUGAACCUAGAGUUCCUGGACUGUGCACUGCAUGCCGGUGACUGCAAUAUAAUAUGGAGCUGCUUUGAGCUGAACGAGUCUCUCAGUCUCAGCCCUUGAACUAGCUCCUUCACGACCCUGCUCGGUAGCACCCAGUCCGGGACACCAUUGGACCAUUUCUUCUUUAAACGCCCAUCGCUGGAGGCGAUGAUAGCGAUGCUACAGCAGAAGCCAUAGCAGCUUGUGCUGGGAUUGCACCAUUUAACAGCUUGCAAGGCUGAAGAAUUGACCGCCACUAUUCAAGUCGCAGCAGCUCUUCCGGGACACACACACACACACACACACACACACACACACACACACACACACACACACACACACACACACACACACACACACUAGAGGUGCAGCAAAAUAUACCUUGAACUGCUUGAUCAUUCGCCCGGGCAUUCUCACUGAAGAACAUUCCACAUUGAUUGGGAGCUGCCAUUCAGCAUAGAAGCUGCGGGUCAAGAGCUGCUGCGACUGUAUCGGUUUGAGUUGGCAUGGCACUGUAGCAGUCUCAUUUCAGCUUGUCCAGUCUCCUUAUCGCAGUACCAUCUGAAUCUAGAAGCAAAAUCUGAAAAGCAGUGCCUCGCCGCUUAUACAGGUUAUAGCAUUAUUGUAGUAUCUUCUUGCCUAUUAUUUACGAUUACAUGCACAGAUCAGUACUUACCACGCAAACCAUCACCAACCACUUACUGCACUUGCAAUGCUGCAUGAUGUAGGAGCUUGUUUUACCAUUCGCUGUUAUUCGCGGUAAAUUGAAUAUUGCUCGAGGUUCGCUUCGCAUGGAACUCGGAGUUGCAGCUACGAAAUUGUUUGACUUCUGCGUUAUUCAAGUAUUUACGAUUAUUAUAAAAUGAUUACAGUGUUUUACAGGAUUUUCUGAUUUUUGAUAUUUAUUUUAUUUACAUUUACUUGUUUGUUUGUUUAUUUUAUUUUACUUCACCAAGUGAACAGGCAUUUCUGCCUUCUCACCAGGUCCGGAGACCUAGUUCCGACAA